UUCAAGGGUUCAGUCUGUACUGCAUUAUAUUGGUUGCCUAAUAUUUCAAAUUUUAAUCAUAACCAAUGAAACUAAAAAUUUGUGUAAAUUUAAACUGUUUUCGCAGAAACACUUUAUCCAAUCACAAGCUCGACUCCACCCCCCUGACAGUGACUGACAGAGUGCACCAUUAUUAUGAAAAGAAGCAUUAUGAAAUAAUAAGCUGGUUUGGAAACGCAACAUUCAGGAAUACAUCAAUGUGAAAAGUUGAACUUUAUAUUUUAUAAAUGAGCUCCUUGGCUAAGAUAUGUGGUAAUACUUUUAUCUGCUGUCAAUUGUGAAUAAUAUCCAUGUUUUUUGCUGUUGUUUUUCUCUUUAUAAUCUAGGAAUAUACACGUUCAAAAUGACUCAGUCAUUCUUGACAUUCACCCACGAGGAAUCCAUUUCAGUGACAGAUGUAAUUCCUCCCAUUAUUCAGCUGAAUAAAUAUGUAAUUAAUGUUCAAUAUGGAGCAAAUGAAAAUAUCUCAUUGGAGUGUUGUGUUACAUACUACCUAAUUAACAACGUUACAGCAAAAUGGAUGAACGGAUCUGUUGAAAUACCCUCUGUACCGACCACAACAAACAUGCUAUGUAUCAGCGCUGCAUACCCAGUACCAAAGCAAUGGAAUACAAUGGAACUCACAUGCCAAGUGAUUGUCAAGAAAGCAUCUACAACUCAAACAUUGACAAAAAAUGUAACGUUAACGUUUUUCCCUGGAGUGCCUGACUGUAAUGACCCAACAUACGGUACUGGUAUGAAUGGAAAUAUAUCAACUGUACUUUGCCCAGCCAAUUUUACGGGCAACAGGACUGCAGUUUGUGCCAGAUUGCGAAAGCCAAAUUGGAACAUUCAGGAGGACAACUGUGUCUUCAGCGCAGUAAAAACAUUGGCGUUGUUUUCUCAGAUUCUGAGUCCAGCUAGUGUAUCAUCAUUUGUGAAUGACCUUAAGACAACCACUACCAGUUAUAAAUCAAACAUAACACAGUCAUCAGCCACCAUUUCCUCUAUUGUGAACAUACUUGGCAUAGUUGCAAGUGUUUCACAAAAUAUAAGCGAAACUUCAAUGCGGGGUGUUUUGGAAACAGUAUCAAUUUUGGUGUCACCCGAAACUCAGCAAUCCUGGGCAGGACUGAACAGUAACAACAGAUCCCAAAGCACAAGCUCUGCUUUACUGGAAUCAAUAGAAAACAUUACACACAGUCUAUCAAGCAAUUCCUUUACAAUUAAUACAACAAACAUUCAGUUAAUCAAAACAACAUUAACAGGCCCUUUCAAUGAAUCCACGAUUUCAUCUCAGAUAUUCAUCCCAAGUCAAGGUCUUCCCAACAACACGAGUAUCACAACAAUCGUCUUUACAACUCUUGAGUUUGUCUUACCUAACAGGACCACUGGAAACAGUACGGACAGCUCCAUCAAUGGAGUUGUCAUGUUAGCCUAUAUAAACGAAACCAUUAAUAAUGUUUUGCUGACAUUUGAUAAAACAAACAAAACAAAGGGAAACAGCCAUUGUGUUUCUUGGAACUUUGGCAUCGGAGGCUGGGACUUUAAUGUAUGUGAACUGCAAUCUGAAACAAAUGACAGGGUCACCUGUUCCUGUAAACGCCUGACUUCCUUUUCCAUAUUAAUGUCACCUUUUGUACCUGAAUCCAUUAAGGUUCUUUUGAAUUACAUCACCUACAUUGGAGUCAGCAUAUCAAUGGGAUGCCUGGUCUUAUGCCUUAUAAUUGAAGCAUUUGUGUGGAGCGUUGUCACUAAGAACAGCACGUCACACAUGCGACACGUCGCUAUAGUGAACAUUGCUCUGUCUCUGCUGAUUGCUGACAUAUGGUUCAUCAUUGGAGCAGCAGUGUCAGACGUUGGCCAGAGCACACCGGAGAAAGCAUGCAGUGUUGCAACCUUCUUCAUUCACUUCUUCUAUCUUGCCUUGUUCUUCUGGAUGCUGAUCUCAGCUCUCUUCCUCUUCUACCAUACAAUGUGGGUUUUCUCUCACAUAUCAAAGAGCACUAUGAUGGCCAUCGCCUUCACAGUGGGUUACGGGGCACCACUCAUCAUUGCCAUAAUCACCAUUGCAGUCACUGCCCCCAAACAUGGCUACUUCAGGCAAGAUGAUGCAUGUUGGUUGAACUGGGACCAGACUAAGGCCCUCCUGGCAUUUUUGAUUCCGGCCUUGAUCAUCGUCGUUGUGAACCUGCUCAUUCUAAUCGUGAUUGUGGUUAAACUACUGAUGAGGGGUGUUGGUGAGAACCGUCAGUCUGAGGAGAAGAAUGCUCUGGUGGUCAUUGCAAGGUGUGUCGCUGUUUUGACUCCCAUCUUUGGCAUCACCUGGGGAUUUGGCAUAGGGACCAUGGUGGCACCCGCAAAUCCCGGAAUCCACAUUGCAUUUGCAGUCCUCAAUGCCUUUCAGGUAUGUGGAAAUAGUAAUUGAUACCUGCAAUUAUUGAUUUCUGACAUUACAUUUAAAUGGUAUGAACUUUACAAAAAUCUGCAAAAACAAUGGAACUUUUUUUAGUUAGAAGCUAAGUCAUUAACUGAAAUAUUCAUACAAAUCCAUCUUUUUUUCAUAUGCAUCCUGUAAAUACUAACAAUUAUUUUUAAAACUUAUUUUAAGGGCUGCUUCAUUUUAGUGUUUGGGACGCUUAUAGACAGCAGAAUUCGAUCAGCUAUUGUUGGAAGAUUUUCAUUUUUGCCUUUGCUGUCUUCCCGAACAAAGAGCACAAGUGCUGGUCCAUCUUUGUCCUCUUUGGCUGACCGUAUUAGGCGAAGGGGAAAGAACUUUUAUAAUGUUUCUGAGGCUUCAACAAAUCUGAGUGCUUCUGAUGCAUUUAUCACUUCAUAGCUGCCUGGCUGCUCAACUGAUGCUGUGAAUAUUUCUCAGAGACAGAUAUGUGGUUUUACAAAAGAAUAAUAAAUUGAUUAUUCUCAAUUUACAUGUUUUUUCCAUGGUUUUCAAGGGUGCGUGGGAACCCUGCUAAUAAAUUAUUACAACAAAUAUGUAAGUAAAUAAAAGGAUUUGUUUUAUAUUUUAAUUUUUUCCCAUCAGCUCUUAAUUAAUUAGCAUUUUUUGUCACUUUCGAGUCUUUGGAUAUUUAUCAAUUUUUUUUACAAACACUGUAUUCAAUCACUUAUGCUUCCAGCUGCAAUGUUAGUCUCUCUCCAUUUUUUAAGGAAAUUCUGCAAGAACAGUCCUGAUGUAGUAUAAUGAAAUAUGUUUAUCUCAUUGUGGUAAUUGUUCAGCAUAUUUUCAUAGUGAAAUAUGGCGUCAAUAACAUAAGCAAUUUUCUGUUUCAUAUUUUGGGCUGUGUAAUGCUAUGCAUAAUAAAAUUAUUACCAUUCAAGUGUC